AUGGACAAUAAAUUGAAGAGCAUUUGGAUUGGAGCAAAAAAAUAUCAACUGAGGGAUGAGAUCAAGGUGCCAGAGUUUGCGCCUAGCACAAAGGAACUGAACAAUGUAUGGUCUGUAAAAUACUGGCCGUUGAUUUGGAACGGCAACCCCAAUGAUCAAAUAUUAAACGACUAUAAAAUAGACAUGCUGGAAGUACGAAAUGAGCUAUCGCAUGUGUCGACCUUGUCUGUGAAUAUGGCAGCGGCGGGAAAACAGUUUCCAGUGGUGAGCGUUUUUGUUGACCCAUCGAGGAAAAAGGACAAAGUGGUGGUAGAAGACGGCAGAAACUGCGAAAGCUCGCUGCCCAUUGACCACAGUGUGAUGGUGGGUAUCCGCACGGUAGGCGAGAGACUUAGGGAGGGUGUAGAUGAAGAAUCAAACGCGUACCUAUGCCUUGAUUACGACGUUUAUUUGACUCAUGAGCCAUGCUCAAUGUGCUCCAUGGCCCUGAUCCAUUCUCGCGUGAAACGUGUGGUUUUCCUUACAGAGAUGCAACGCACUGGAAGCUUAAAAAUUACGAGCGGUGACGGAUACUGCAUGAACGACAACAAACAGCUGAACUCAACGUACGAAGCCUUUCAAUGGAUCGGCAAGGAAUACCCUGUGGGACAGGUUGACCAGGAUGUCUGCUGCUAG